AUGACGUUCACAAAUACACCAGUAACCAGGCUAGUAGUGCUGGGACUUGUCUCGGCGUCGAUCGGGGCGAGCCUGCUGGACAUGAAGCACUACACCUACAUCCUCAUCAGCCCGCACCUGGUGCUGUUUGCGGCUAUGUCGCUAUAUAACUUGCGGACUGUUGAGCGCAUGUGGGGAUCGAGAAAAUACGCUUCAUUCCUCGUCGUAACGUCGCUCAUCACAUCGAUCGUUCCGCCCGCUCUGAUGGUGGUGCUACGGCCGCUGGCACCGAGCCUGUUCAACUAUAUGCCGGCCGGGCUGACGCCCGUCAUCUUUGCGGUGCUGGCGCAGUUCCACGCCAUGGUGCCGCACAUGUACAAGUACCGAAUCGCGACAUCAAGCGCGCCGCCGACGACGGAGCCGUUCACGGGGCUCACGCUGUCGGACAAGUCGUACCAGUACGCGCUGGCGCUGCACCUGUCGCUGCUGCAGUGGCCCGGAUCGCUGGUCGGCGCGGCGGCGGGCUGGGUGGUGGGCCAGGCGUGGCGCGGCGGGCUGCUGCCGGCGGCGCUGGUGACAUGGCGACUGCCAGGGUGGAUGGUGGGCGUCAAGACGCAGCGCAGUGGCGCCGAAUUUGAGCAGCUGCGGAGGCGGCUGGAGGGGGAGAACGCGACGGCGACGGGAGCGGGAGCGGCGGGUGUUUCGACGGGCGUGGACGCUGGCGGCAGCGGUGGUGGUGAGCAGCAGCGGCAGCAGCAGCAGCAGGAUGGCGAUCGAAGACGAACGAUGGGCCAGCAAAUAGUUGACCAGUUCCGCGAGGCAUUGUAA